UCUAUCAAUCACAGUCAGCGAUAGCAUUGUCGAGGCAACGACUCCUGGGCCCGCCUGACGAUCCUUCACACAGUCUACCCAGCUACCGUAGGAGCAGGAUCUCGCUCGGAAUCUUUAUUUCUGUGGACGUGUUCACAAUUAAAUGGAUGGAUCUACGGUGCACUAGCAAGCUUUCUCUGCCGGCCGGGCUAUCUCCGCAACAGUCCGUCAAGUCCGUGUCGGUUUCAGCGGCCGCGGCAGCAGCAACGGCUGCGGCAGCUGCAGCAGCUGCAGCCGCCGCGACGUUCAACUUCCCCAAUGGAUUCACGGCCGCGGCGUUCCCGGCGAAUAUGUUCGGGCUGUACGGUUUGGAAGUCCCCAUCCCCACCAUGUUGCCGACGCUGCACUUCACCCCGCAUCAGGUCGCCAAAGUCUGCGAGACGCUGGAAGAAUCCGGGGACAUUGAGAGACUCGGGAGGUUCCUGUGGUCACUGCCGGUCAACCCCAGCGCGUGCGAGGCUCUAAACAAACACGAGUCCGUCAUCCGGGCCCGGGCUCUGGUCUCCUUCCAUACCGGCAACUUCCGGGACUUGUACCACAUCCUGGAGCACCACAAGUUCACCAAGGAAUCCCACGCCAAGCUGCAGGCUAUGUGGCUGGAGGCGCACUACCAGGAGGCCGAGAAGCUCCGGGGUCGGCCCCUGGGUCCCGUAGACAAGUACCGGGUCAGGAAGAAGUACCCCCUCCCCCGGACCAUCUGGGACGGUGAGCAGAAGACGCACUGUUUCAAGGAGCGUACAAGGAACCUGCUCCGUGAGUGGUACCUGCAGGACCCCUACCCCAACCCCACCAAAAAACGGGAGCUGGCUCAGGCGACGGGCCUGACCCCCACACAGGUCGGGAAUUGGUUUAAAAACAGACGACAGAGGGACAGAGCCGCUGCCACGAAGAAUCGGUUGCAGCAGCAGCACCAGUCGCACAAGAUGACGUCACGCGAGGACACGGUGUCGCCCUCCAGCAGCAACACCGACCGCCGAGACCACGACAACGACCUUGAGGACGACGACUGCAUCAGCGACCUCGACAGCGAGAUCAGCGACCCCUCCCACCUGGAGGACAUCGACCCCGUCUCCGAGUCCCGGAGCUCGUCCCCCCAGCCCAACCCCCUGAUCACCAACAACCCUUUCCUCCCCCCGCACCUCCAGCAACCCAUCCGGAGCUCCUCGUACGACAUCGUCAGGCCGCCCCCACCCCCGCAGCUGAUCCUGUCCUCCACCUCGUCCAACUCGGCCCGGGAGUCGUCACCCCACCAAACCGAGCUCCGCCAGACGUCGACGCCCACCCCUCCAAUCCCGCGCCCGCUCUUCAAGCCCCACGAACUCGCCACCUCACCCGACCGCACCCUGGUCCGGCCCGAGUUAACCCGCCAGGAGCAUUCACCCCACGGGGACCGCAGCCCAGGCGCGGAGUUCAUCAAGCGGGAGCUCCCCCACCCGGCGUUCCCACCCCACCACGACAUGCUAACCCACUUCGCGGCUGCCAGGGCCGAGUUCCUCCACCGUGAGGCGGUGGCCAGGGAUUUCAACGCCAGGGAGCGGGGCAUCCCCAUAGAUUUUCACCAGCGUGAUCUUAGAGUCGACUUCUCCAAAGCCCAAGACUUUGUCAGGCAGGACUAUGGCAAGCCGCUUGAGCCGUUUUCACCGGAAGCUCUCAGCAAUUUCGCACGGCAAAAUGGUGUGUUGGGUUCGGCUUCUUGAAGAAAAAAAAUGUAAAAAACACCAAAACAUUUUCCUACAGACUUGAACUAAGACUUUUAAUGUGACCGUACUUGAGACAUUAAAUGAGACUUUAUGUGCAGAAUGGAAAAAAAAAUCAUGUCAGGUUUUUUUUUAACGGCAUACCUCCUCGGCUGGAAUUCUGAUGCCUGCAUUCAACCGUCAAGUCAGUUUUUGGAGCAAACUCGGUGACCCCAGAGGAACGGGCUGACGGCAACAUAGCCCCCCCCCCCCCCCCUCUCACACACACCAACAUGGCGGAACUGAUUAGUCCCCGGCGAAUCAAACUCCCAAAGUGUUGAUGCGCAUCAUGUGAUGCGCAAAUAUCGCUGUGCCGUCGAGCUGACUUCCUCCGACUGUUUCAAACAUUCACACACGAUCGUCAAGUUAUAGAAACAGAUUCAGCGCAAAAACUUUGUCAGCGGUGUUUCACGAAUGGUUUCAGUGUCGCCGAUUAUUCAGACAUAUCUUCUUGUUUUUUUUAUUCUUUUAAUCGUUUUCUAUUCGAUGAUCUAUAUUUGUAUUUUUAGUAUCAUUAAAACCACUUCACGCGUGUGUUUUUGACGUGCAUGAUACUCACCUACAACAUUAUCCUUCUCUUUAUCAAACAAAAAAGGAAAGAGUUGGGAUGAGCUAGUUUCAUCAAAUUGGAGAAAGUGACAUUAGAAACGACUUAAAAAAACAAAAACAACCAUAAUUCGUUGAUGCACAGUUUCUUAAAUAAUAAAUAAACCGGGAGUGAUCUCCCCUAAACUUUCUCGAAUAUUCUUAUAUAAAAUAACAGGGGAUGGGAACUCGGGCUAUAGACAUGAUUUUAAAUCCAUUUUAAAUACUUUAAGUUUUAAAAAUAGAAUAAAAUCUCGUAGACAAAUUAAUUGCACACCAAGUGAACGCCAAAUAAAAAAGCGCAUAAUGGUGCGCAAUAUUAUUAGUACUUUUAAAAUUUACAUUAGUUUUUUGAGAAAUCGGAAGUAGCGUAAAUUACUACUUCCAAUCAACGGAAAUUACUCAAAAUUUAACAGAAGAUAGAGAAUUAGAUCUUUUACUUACAUGUGAAAUUUCAUUUAUCUAUCUGAAAUAGUACUCAAGUUAUAGGCUUUUGAAAAAUUCAAAGUAGGAAAUGUACCACUUCCGGUUAUCGGAAAUCGCUCAAAAGUUGAUACGGAUCCUCGAUUUCGAUAAAAUACUUAUAUAUGAAAUUUCAUCAACGUAGCUGUAACGGUACUCAAGUUAUCGUGUUUACACACGGACAGACAGACACACAGACACACAGACACACAGACAGACACACAGACAUACGGACAAGAUUGCAAAAUUAUGUUUUUCCGUAUCAGUGAGGUGUAAAACGUCGAGAUUUGUAAAAAUCUCGAUUUUUUUUUUUUGCACGAUUACAAGACUUUCUCUAUACUACGUAUAUACGAGAAAGUAAAAACAAACAAAAAACUUAUAAUUAAUUGAGUUUUUUUUUAAUUGAAUUUUUUUUUGUAAAAAAUAAAUUAAACCGAUUCUUUGUUACUUGAAGCCUUCUGUCUAAUUAGAUAAUGGUAGGCUAGACAUUAUAUAAAUCAGAAUGAAAUUGGGCUACAAAAUGUUGUGCAUUUCACUUCACUGUUAGAAAGUAGGUUCACUCCUAAGGUCACAGUUUCAUUUCUACUUUUUUAUGGGCAUAAACUUCAUGAAAAUUUAGGACAUAAAAUAUCGAUUACUUGGUAUCGCGUACAAGAGUUCCCGUUGUGUACAUUGUAUAUACAAAUGACAUAAAGUAUCGUGACGCAUUUAUUUAUUCCUCGUGAUAGUAUCGAAACGUUUGAUUUGUACAUGCUUGUAAAUACGAUUACUUUUACCCGCCCCCUUUUUCUCCACGAUUAUUCAGGACCUGAUUAAGCCUAUCAUAAUCAUGAUUAUACUUUCCUUUCCUGUUGAUGUUCCUCUGAUUUUGCUGGCUUUCGUUAGAAUAGUUUUGAUUUUUAAAUAUACGUCAUUGUUAGUAAAAAUUCCUUUAAGAGAUUGUUGAUCUCAAAGAUAUAGUAAUUGCUUACUCCAGUUUCAUCAUUGUCAUUACAUUUAUCAUCACUUAUCAUCACUUAUCAUCACUUAUCAUGAUACUUGUCAGCUUUUUUCAUGCCUGCCUCACAUGGAUUGAUUGUAAUUAUUUUGUAAUUAAUCGCUAGUAUAUACAUUUAUAUAAAUAUAUACAUAUAUUUUUUUUUUCAUUUUCAUUGGUUAAGAAUAAUUAAAUUU